AUGGGUAAAUGUAAUUUGAAUCCAUUGUAUUUAAUCAGAAGAGAUACUGAUUUAAGUAGCAUUGACCGGUGCGAUUUCAUUGUCGAUUGUUUGGUAAGGACGAAGAAGGUUUACAACCCAGAGAAAGAAACAUCUUUCUUUUAUGGACUAGCAGCAUACCUUAUGUUGUUGUAUGUGUAUAGUUUCAAGUUUGAUCAUUUGCAAGUCACGAGUAAUCGUCCAACUAUUAUUUAUUGGACGUCAGAGAAGAUAAGGUUUCUUGAGGAUAUUUUACAUGAGGAUGGAGGAUUUGGAUGUGGAGAUGUUAAUAAACCAUAUGUUGAAGAAGAAUGUCAAGAAUUUGAGUAUAAUGAGGAGGAAUUUGAUGGUGAUGAGGAUUUAUCUGAUGAGGACGGAGAAGAGUUUGAUGUUAAUAAAGUUAGUGUUGUGGAGGUGUAUGAAACUAAAGUUUCAUAUAUGAAUCAGAAGAUGGAGGAUUUGAAAAAGGAUCUUGUUUUAAAGAUAGAUGAGGGAGUGUUGAAGAUUCCUAAAAGUCAAAAUUUGAAAAACUAA